UUAGUGUAUUGUUUUAUUUAUACAUGGCGGCUGUAUUUGAAUACCACAAAUAUUAAUCAAUAAAAUAGUUUCACCGUUAACAUAAACACCAAAGUCGUGACUAAUUUUAACACUUAGAUAUAAAAAUGUCUCAAUCACUUGAUUAUAUUCUGAUGCCUUCAGAAAUUGAUACGUAUGUUAAACAUUUUAAACUAUCUAGCAUCAAUAGUCUGGGAUCAAAAGUAUGGUUUGAAAUGUAUCAGUGUUUGCAAAAACUUCACCAGCAAGCAGUUUUAGAAGCUCAAAACAAAAAAGAAGAAACAGUCAAGGAAGCCUUUAUUGUCAUGCAAAAAGUUCCAGUUUUGGUGUACGAAGCAAUCUGCGUGUCUGUAUGGCGAGAAAAGGUGUUACCCGGAAUGCUGGAAUUGGAACCAAACCCAUCCACAAUGCUCAUUCCAUAUGUCAUUCUGCUCCACGAAGCGACAGUGGUCGCGAUGCUGGACACCAUCCUGUUCCACGAGGACGGCUGCGAGGCACUGGAGAACACCUCCCUGGAGCUCGUCGAGUACUGCGCCUUCGCCUGCGCGGUGCUCCUGAGCGGCCCCCCGACGGCUCCCGGGGGCGCCCGCGACCCCUCGAGCCUCGAGCAGUUCGCCUGCCAGCGGGCCGACCUCCGCUUCCAGACGGGCCUGCGCUGCGUCACCGUCCUGUCGUACCUGGCCCAGAACCUGCGCAGUUUACCUCUGAACGCUACAAGCUUGGUGUUUUCUGUCCACGACAUACCCCUUCUGUUUGCCAAUCUCAUCAUGUGUUCCCCUUGGCUGAAGACCGAUUCUGCGGGCAGAACCUUCAAGUAUGAAGAUGGCAAAUGGCAGCAAAUGGCACACACCGCCGGCCACAAGGUGACCGGUCAUGAGGGGCAAGUGUGGAUCGCCUUGAGGCAGCUGUUGCUCGACCCAGACACUUCCGCACACUACGAGAUAAACGAGUCACGGAGGAACCAGCUCGUCAAGUUGCAGGGCCACUUGACGGAGACGCUGCUGGACCAGCUGCCUCCGCUCGUUGACCUCAAGGGGUGGCUCGCAAGGCUGUCGCUCACCGGCCAGCUGCCCCACGCACGGCGGCCGCUCAUCCUGGAGGUCUCCCCGCAGUUUCGAACUUCACUUUUAUCCAGAAGCAAAAAGCAGUGGAAACUAAUGGUGCAGGAGCAUACCUCUCGAAUGUUAAAUUGCAGUCCUGAGCACAUCAAAGCUAUUUCGCUACGCCUGAAUGAUGUCUACAACUUGGACGUCCUGGAAGCCCUGGAAAAGCCACCCUCGUGCGAGAUAUGUGGUGGUACAGGCACCAAACGGUGUUCACGCUGCCAUGUCGCACUUUACUGUAGCAGAGAAUGCCAAGUAAAGAACUGGAAAUAUCACAAACCAACAUGUGACCUGUUAGUUGAAACUGCACAAAAAUGAGCCAAUAUACUGGGCAUAUGAAAUAAAAUUCUGUGUAUUAUCGACGUAUGAACAUUAAUAUUGGAAAAAGACUCGCGUGGUUAGUAAAUGUAUGCUUGAACUAUGUAACAUAACUGAGCAAUAUAAAACAGUUUUAAAUAAACAAACUUUAUUAAAGUU